CAAGAUCUUAAAACCCCUUUUAUUUUUACCAUUACAGUAUAUCUGACACACAAUAUUUGCAGAGAUGUGGAUAAGUGCAUGGCUAGUGGCGUUCUGAUUUCCCUUUCGAGUUAGCUACAUGUAUUCAUGCAGGUGAUGAGUUGAUGGUUACCAGCUCACAUGAGUCGAGAUUCCAGCUGAAAAGCCGCUCAUGCGGAUCUUACCUGGGGACGCACGCGAUAAGCGCUUCCCAGAGCCUCGCCCAGACGUGUCCCCAUCAACAUUCCGUUGCCAACUCAGUGACACGAGAUCCAUGCACUCAUCAAAAACGCACCUCUAGGCGUCUUCUACUGCCAUCGCAGCCAAAGACAGAAACAUGUGGCUCAUCGACACCGACACGGUUGAGCUCAAGGAGGUCAGGGUUCCAGAGUCUCACCCCUACGCCGUCCUCUCCCACACCUGGAAAGACGAUCAGGAAGUCACUUUCCGGAGUUUUAUGGGCAGCGCCGGGGACUAUGGUCAUGGCAUGUCAAAGCCGGGCUUCCGCAAGAUCGCCAAGACAUGCCAGCUGGCCAAGGACCGAGGCAUCCGGUAUGCCUGGGUCGACACGUGCUGCAUCGACAAGUCGAGCAGCGCCGAGCUCUCCGAGGCCAUCAACUCCAUGUUCCAGUGGUAUGCGCAGGCUGAGGUCUGCUUUGUGUACCUGGCCGACUUGACGACGACGGACGACGACGACUUCCGCUCGUGCCGUUGGUUCCGUCGGGGCUGGACACUGCAGGAGCUGAUUGCCCCGUGCGCUAUUGAGUUCUACGACGCGUCCUGGGCCCCCCGGGGCACCAAAGCGUCUCUGACCUCGCUUCUGUCGUCCAUCACCCGCAUAGACGCUGAUGUCUUGCUCAACCAUAGACUGCUGCCGUCGAUACCGGUGGCGAAACGUAUGUCGUGGGCCGCCGACCGCGGGACCACUCGUAUCGAGGACCGUGCCUACUGCCUCUUCGGAAUCUUUGAUGUUCAUCUUCCUCUUAUUUAUGGCGAGGGAGCAAAGUCAUUCAUCAGACUACAGGAGGCCAUCAUCCAAGAAAGCACCGACCUCUCACUCUUCUCCUGGACUUCCCAGUCGGACGAAAAAUAUCGGGGACUGUUUGCCUUGUCUCCCGACGAGUUCAAAUACUGUGAUAAAAUAAAGCGAGAAAUAUCGCCGCUUUUGGCUCCAGCCAGCUUCUCCCUGACCAACAAGGGACCGCUGUGCCAAAGCUUUCAUCGACAAAAUACGACACGCAGAACUUUGAAUGGCCUUUGUGCAGAAUAA